CGUGUGUUGUAUUACGCAAGCGGAUCAUAAUCAGCAGCGGAGCUGCAGCACCGAGCGCAGUGACAAGCAGCUUACGGAGGACAAACACACAGCUGCACUGCAUGAGAGGGGAUGGAGUCAGCGUAACUCCCUCCCUCCCUCUCUCUCUGUGUGCCUGAUCCUCUGGAGGAGCGAGCAGCCUGCUGUUGGAAGCGCAGGAGAGUCUCUGGAGUCACCAAGGACCGGUGGAUAUGACCGACUGACAUUCACACUUUCUUUCUCAUUUUUUAACCCCAGACUUCAAUGGCUUUGAAAGAGAGCCUGCUCACCUGGGGUUUCCUGCUGUGGUCAAUAACGUGGAGCUCGGCUCGGACUUUUACGCCACAUGAAGGGUCUUCGGUCAGUCCCAUUUUUCAUCGAACUACUCCACCUGACACAGAGAGGGGGAUGAACAGCACUGAGGCUCCCACGAACAAUUACACAGUCCUGAGCUGCGCAUCGCUGCUGCCCCCACGGCGAGGUUCUUUCUAUGUAGAGAAGGGCAGUGGGAUGUCCGUGGGCACGGUGUUGGCGUUCUGGUGCCUCGAGGGGUACCAGCUGGUGGGCAGCGAGAAAAUCACCUGUGUCCUGCGCAGCAACACCGCUCAGUGGAGCAACUACCCGCCUGACUGCGAGGCCAUUCCCAAACCAGAGGACCGCGGGCUGAGAGUGGCCGUGCUGGCAUCGGUAGUGAGCAGCAUCGUCAUCCUCGCCAUGUCCGUGUCCUUCAUUAUCUGCUGCCUGCAGGAGCGCAUGAGCAAAGGAAGGGCAGAACGGACAGACGGACGGGGGAGAAUGAGAGACAAGCGCAAAUCAUCCUGGAGGAGUGAGUGCUGGCUGGAGAGAGAUGAAGGAGACUGGGAAGCUUUUCCUCCACCUAAAAUUUACAAUCUUUCCCAGCACCUUGACCCCCAUUUGACCCCUGAGAGCCUAGUCUAUAUGGGGGGACUGGCUGGUUAUGAUAACCGCGGCUAUCAGAGGAGUCAGGAAAACCUCCUAAAAGCUCCUCUUCCUGGGCUUUACCGUACGGAAAGUCAGAUGUACCCUCAUGUGGUCCUGCAGAGGGUGCCCACACCCACUGUACCGACUGCACCCAGUGCGCCCGUCUACCUCCGCCUCUCCACCCCUCCGCCCACAGAAAGCCCCACUGAACAGCCCGCUCUGCCACCGUACCCCAGUGCCACUCCACAGUGUCUGUGGCCAUAGCAACACAUUUCUGAGUAUUCAGAACUUUUACAACUGUCUCCAUGGCCACGGAUUACGGCCCCUACAUGCAAACGGCUCCUGUAGGGUGACUGGGGUUCAGAAAAGCAAGAGAAAUUAUGGACUCAAGCUAGAGCCACCUAGAUCUCUACACAGUACUAGAUCUAGACGUUGGACCAUGUGUGGGUCUCUGUGUAGUAAUUACAUUUAAUAUGUUGCAUAUGUAAGAACAUUUCUGAACGACUCUAAACAGGCCCUUUGUGUAGUUUCCUGGAGAGGAAAGUUAGUGGUACUCCAUACUGGUACUGUGAUCCACUCCAGGUUUUAUUUUCAGCUUAUUUUUGUGGCAAAGGUUCAGACUAUUUGCACACACUCACUAAAAUUUAAAAAUCCCACCAUUUAAGGUCACAUUAGAGCAUAAUUUUAAUAUUUUUAUGUUUUUUAUGGGAGUAUAGGAGAAUUGUGUUGAUGUCCUGAUUACGGACAGGCAUUGGGAUCUCAUAAACUUAUGAUACUUAACUUGAUUUUGUUUAAAACAAAACAAAUAAAAAGAUUAAAAUUA